AUGCCAGUCUUAACAUGGGGCAUGAAAGAAGGCAAAGGUGUCUAUGUUACCGAUGAAGGAGAAAGAUGGCGUCUGUAUAACGAAGGAUAUCUGCUCAACAGAUCAAGUUUUGACAAUGCGUUCGCACAUGGACAAAUUUUGAUACCGUACCUGACGGCAAACGGAUCUCGGUGCCAAAGACAGCCCACGUCACAGAGAAGACUGAAAGCAACAUCCCAAGAAAAUUACUUGAUGCAAUUAAAGCGGUGCAAGGAAGAUAAGAUUGUAAAACUUGGAACAAAGAGGAGCGGGCUAGAAGAGGGAGAGAGUGGCCCUAGAGUCUUAACAAAACAAGAGAUGGCUAGCCCAAGAGACUGGAAUGUUGCAAGAGUGGCCUCCAAAUUGUGA